AUGGAUAUGGCACUAAGCAUAUCCGGAGUUGCGUUGGCUCUUCCGGGAUUGAUUCAAGUCAGCCUAGAAUUCCACUCCCGCGUCUCCGAGAUUUUCCAAUCCUAUCUGAAAGCCAUCUCAGACGCCCAGGACCACUGGCUUCUGCUAGACAUCCAUCUCAGCUCUGUAGAAGCCGAUCUGCAAUUUCUGCGCCUCAACGCAGGCAAUUUUCGCGCUGAGAUUCAGACUCGUCUCAGAGCCAUACUGCGUCUAUUGAAUAGAAGUCUUGCUGAAGUCAUAGAAGCAUUUAAUAAUGCAGUUGAUGUCACAACGGGCCAAGUAAGCCGCUUAAAAUGGACAUUGAGUAUAAAACCUAGAUUGGCGAGGCUUGUGCCUGAAAUUGAGGGGUGGCAGAGACGGUUUAUGGAUUAUGUGCAGCUCUUGAGGUUUACAGGGUAUGGGUUGAGGCUGGAAGAUGAUGGUGAUGGUAGCACGGAGAAAAGGAAGAGUACGUCGUCAUCGACGGCUGAUAGAUUGAGUCGAGAAAUUCUUCGCGCACGUGUUGAGGAAGUGCCGAUUGAUGCAUUGGAGAUCCCGCCAUUAACGAAUACUCGCGAGAAUCCGGGCCGAAUAGAGGCACUCGGCCAUACAGACACGAAAUUAAUCUGGACUUCUGAUGCGUUAAACGGGGACAACAUCCUCGUCGAAUGCCGCACGCACAGCACAGAUGCAAACAUAUCUCAACUCAAGCUCUCAACCAGCAAAGUCGCGCAAAUCCUCGCUGCCGCAGGCUCGCAAGCCCUCAAUACGCAUGUCCUGCAAUCAGUGGGAUUUGCCUAUGAACCAUCCCCAAAACGGGAAAUUCAGCUAUUUCUUAAAUAUCCAGUGGGUCUUGACGUGCCGAGGACUCUCCGCUGGGCUUUGACCAUGACGCCUCUGCCUUCGAUUAAUGAGAGGUUGGAGUUGUGUCGGCAACUGGCUACGGCUAUAUUCUAUACGCAUACGUCGGGGCUAGUGCAUAAAUCGAUUCGACCAGAGUCGAUCCUCAUAUUCCAACGACAACAACAAUCUCACGAAAAGGAAGCAAGCCCGAGUGGUGGUUCUACAGGCACCCUCUUCCUAACCGGCUUCCAACUCGCCCGAGAAGACACCCCAAACACCGUGAGUAGUACCCAAGGAAAUCAAAACUGGGAAUACGACAUCUACACGCACCCAUCUCGGCACGUUCCCGGAACACGGUACACCAUGGCCCACGACAUCUACUCUCUCGGCGUUAACUUACUCGAAAUCGCAUUGUGGGACUCGUUCCUCAUCUUCGACACGCACGAAAGAGCGCGCAUAUUCAAUAAUGAAGCCUUAGAAGGCGGUCGAUUGAUUUGCGAUAGUCUCAAGGACGGCGAUAAAGAGGCCGGAAAACGGAUGAGGGAAUUGUAUGAGUUGGCUGCGAAGGCGUUGUUGCCAAUAUCGAUGGGAUGCUGUUUUAGGGAUGUUGUGGUUGAGUGUUUGUCGGCGGUGGAACGCGGGUUUGGGCAUGCUGAUGGUGGAGAUGAGGCUGGGAAGACGCAGGAUGAAGAAGAGGAGAGGAUUGGGUUGGAGUUUAUUGAUAGAGUGCUUGAGAGGUUGGAGGAGAUUCGGGUUUGA